UGUUGUAUUUCAAACAGAAACUUUCUAUUGCAGCAAACAACCAGAUAAUUCUCAGACCCAAACUAGUGUGCAGCCUAGGAUACCGUCUGUUACACCAGAAGAUAAUAAUUUACCAACAUCAUCUUCCUCUUCAACCUCUUCCAGAUCGCAAGGAAGGAAGGGAUUAGAGAAAUGCUUAAAAGAUCUUUCUCGACAGACGGCUGCACUACAACGAAUACAUAAUCUUUUAGAAGAAGAAUUAGAAAAUUCUGAUAAAAGGAUAAAAAGUGCUUUCCAAGAAGUUCAGAAAUUGCUAGAGGAAAGACAGACACAAAUAGCUCAAGAAAUGGAAAAGGUGAAGAGAGAUGCAAGACAGUUACUAACACAGCGACAGGAACUCGCCGUAGAAUUGAAGAAGAGGGCCGAGCGUGCCAGCACUCUUUCGGAAAACGACCUUAACGAGCUUAGGAUAGAAAUAAAGCAUUUUGUAGUCGAAAGGAAGUAUGAUGACGAACUGGGAAGAACACUGCGCUUCAUUUGGGAUCGGGACAAGAUGACUGAGGAAAUCAGAAACUUUGGUGAAGUAAAUCAAGUCAAAAAUUACUACAGUCAGAGACGCUAUUCCGUGUCGUCGGUAGCUAGUUCAACAAAUCCCGAACCUGUAGAACCACCUCCAGUCACGGACCUUUCUGUUUCAGUAUCUAGUUCAGAAAAAUCUGAAGAACCAAUAGAAAGGAAGCAAAUAGUAGUGUAGCCAGUCAGUCGCCCACUCAGGAUCGAUAUCCUCAGAAUCACAUGCGCCAGGAGAGUCGACCGAGAAUAUUUUCCAACAGAGGACGAUGGUCCCCUGCUUACCGCAAUCCCCAGAAUAAUUUUAACCCUAGAUAUCCUCACCGAGGAAGGGGUGGCAGGGGAAGAGGUGGCUGGAGAGAUGGAAACUAUCACAAUCAAGGUUCCCAGUACAACGUGAACGUGCGUGAUAGACCUCCCAACAACGACAGGGCAGAGGGUAACUUUGACCACUCCCGUGGUGUGUCCAGUCAUCCGCACAGGUCUCCACGCGUCGACUGGCACCACCGCCAGUGGAACAGCUUCUCUUCCAAGUCUGGUCAAGAAUCUAAUCCUAAAGAAAACGCAGGUAGAGACACGGGAUCCGGAGAAGGACAUUUCAACAAAUCUGAAUUAAAAGAACACGUUCCGAACAUAGUAAACGGUUUCGACGACCAUUGACAAAUUGUAAAUUACAGUUUAUAUAAAGAAAUGAAAGCCAACUGUGACAUCAUGACCAGGUUUGUUGGGUGCUGCCAAUUGUCUAUAUAAAAAAAAAUAAAAUAAAAAAAAUAACAGGAGAGUUUGAAAAUUGUGCCUGAUAGUCAACUUUAUUCAUUUUUGUCAGAUUAAAAUAGAAAUUUUUAGCAGCCCGAAUUUAAAUGGCUGUUGUAGAUAAAACUUUUGUAAUUUGUGUCAUUAAAUGUAUCUAAUGA